AUGGCUGCAGGACUUCAGACCGCUACUAUUCUAGGCAAAAUAUAUUUGCCAACGGAAUAUGCAGAUUUGGAGAGGGUGAUUGUCCGGCGACGGCUAGAGCAGGAGACAUUGCACAAGGGACGUUGGACCCGGAAAUGUAACAACAUUUCCGAGAACCAUUACACUGGCUACAGGAUUAGAGGAAACAGCAGCUCCCUAGGUGGUUUUCAACCACGCUACGAUGCUUGA